AUGACUGACCGAGCAGACGGUGAAAUAGUCGCAGCACAACGAGCACUCCAAAUAGCAUUUCAAACAAUGCAGGAACGCUGUCAUCAGCUGGAAAAUCGGCUGGCUGCUGUCGAAGAGGAAAAUAUUAAAUUAAGGAUUGAAAAAGGUAAAGAACUGUCUUGUGAGCUGGUUAUUCCUAAUGACGAUCCAUUAACUGUCCAACAACUCCAGGAAAAAAUAGAGGAAUUAACGAAACAAAAAUCCCAAUUGACACAUCAUGUCCUGAUGGUGGCUGGUGAGAACCGGCAGCUCUGGAAUAGACUCACCAGAUUAACAAGAACCAACAAGAGUCUAGGAAACAAGUUGAUAAAAAUAUCCGACACGUUGAAGCAGAACCAAGCCAGUCAACCGAAUAAUGAGGUUUGCAGUAUUAAAGACGUAACUUUCAAUGUUCCGAAGAGUUACGACGAAACUAACUCGGAAGAUGAAAAUAAAGAUGUUAGUCUUGAGGAAAUUUCUUUGAGAUUGAUCAAUAGUAUUAUGUUGGAGAAAUCUGAGCUUGAACAACAGUACACUGAAAUGCUGGCUUUACAAAAUGGAGAUGAUAUUAAAUUGAGAAAUGUUGGGUUUGCAUAUCCGGAUGAUAAUAACGAUUCAUUGCAACAACUUAAACAAUAUGAGAAUAAAUUAUUUCAGACGAAGAAUAAUUUAGUACAACAGCAAUUAAAAUUGAAGAAAGUAUUACAUAAUUUGUGUAAAUUAAAAAAAGUAUGUCAAACUGGUACCCAGUUUGAUUCUGACGACAGCCUACGUGAGCACGGAUCAACACAAACAAGUCUUCCACCAGAAGCUUUACACCCGGACAAACCUGACCAAGGAACAGCCAAAAAUUCACCAGUAUCAGGAAAUAUAUGUCCCAUGUGUGGAUCAUACUUCGAGCCGAAAACUUCGUUCAACAUUUUUCACGAACAUGUUCUCAGCCAUUUUUCAUCAGACCUAUCAACAGAGGGUGAAUUGUUAUCACCUUAA